AUGGACCAGUCUCAUACACGGGCCAUCGAGGCUCUCCAGCCCUUCAUCCAUUUGGCACAAUCAAAUAGCGCCAGUUCGCCAAGGUUCAUCGCCAAUCUGAUCACAAAUGUCACUUCCAGCCCGCAAACCUAUGUCUUCGGGGAGUUACUCGGCGAGCCCGCCGUCCAGGCACUACGGUCACCGGAACAUUCACAGGAGUUUGGAGCCUACCUGACGCUACUAGAGGUGUUUGCGUGGGGCACCUAUUCGGAAUACCAAGGUAAGAUCUUACCCCGAGACAGGAAUUCGGCAAGUCAUUCACGAAAAAUGCCUGAUCAACCCGACCGAAGACCGAAACCCGAAACUAAUCGGCAAUACACUGCAGCGACUCCAGGCCUUCCCAAAUUGAACCCCGAGCAAACCCUGAAACUCCGUCUUCUCUCUCUUCUAACGCUAUGCACGAAAAUCAAACCCCUCACCUACUCCGCACUGAUGGAGGCCCUCGCCAUCCCCACAAAAGCCGAGCUCGAAUCACUGGUGACAACCGCCAUCUACGCAUCCAUGAUCACAGCCCGUCUCUCGCCCGCCUCCAAUCCACCCUCCGUGAGCAUCACAGCCGUCGCUCCACUACGCGACGUGUGCCCCACGUCUAUCCCAUUGAUGGUCAAAGAUCUGAGAGAUUGGAGCUCACGGUGUGACGGGGUGGUCGCGGAUCUUGAAGCGGAGAUCGCACUCAUCAAGAGCAAUGCUGUCAAGCGGGCUGCAAAGAGCAAGACCAAGCAAGACGCUAUCGAGGAGGCCUUGAAGAAGCGACAAGAUGGUGGCCCGUGGGGGAGGAACAGGCGGGGCGGUGCUCGUCUUGGAGCUGGGGCUGGGGGGAGUAAAAGAGAUGCCGGUAAUAUUGAGGAAGAUGAUGGCUUCUUUGACACGACUGGUGGUGGUGGCUCCCGCAUGGAUAUCGAUGAGGAUUAUGGCCCUCGUGGGGCCAAUCGGCAGCCCAAACGUGUUUUAGGGCGCAAGUCCUGA